AUGAAUAUCCUUUGGUGCCUGUUAGCAAUGCAAGGCGUGCUGUGGAGUGGCGUGAAAGGCCACGGCAGACUCAUCGAGCCCCCCUCUAGAGCGUCCGCUUGGCGGUUCGGCUUCGAUACGCCGCACAACUACAACGACCACGAGCUCUACUGCGGAGGGUUCACGAGGCAAUGGAACAGAAACGGCGGCAAAUGCGGCGUGUGCGGUGACGCUUGGGACAGCCCCAUACCUCGGCCCCAUGAGUUGGGCGGCCGCUUCGGCAAGGGGGUUAUCGUUCGCCGGUAUGCCCCCAAGGACACCAUCGUCAUCAAAGUCGAGCUCACGGCGAGCCACAUGGGCUAUUUCGAGUUCAGAGUGUGCGAAGAACCGAAGGCCACCACGCAAGAAUGCUUGGAUAGAAAUGUUCUUAAAUUGGACACCAAAAACGCCACUAAAUACUAUCCUAAGGACGGAGGAAUUCAGGCGUGUGCCGACAUAGCCAUUGGCGACAAGUUCACGACCUCCACGAAACGGCCGAGGCCCACGUACGUGCCACCGAGCAGGAAACCCACCCUGCCAACGCCAGAGGAGUCCACUGGCAGCGCAUGGUACGGCAUCGUCAUCGCCAUCGUCACGCUGUUCGUGGCGGUCGCCACCCUGGCCGGUAUCUACCUAUACUAUUACAGAGGCGGUAUGCGAAUAAAGAACCUGCUGAAAUCGAAGGCUGCGCCUCCGGCUCCCGUGCCCCCGCCGCGUCACAAGAGAUCGUCUCUGUCCAGAGAACAGCCACCUGUCAUAUCCUCACCGAAGCCCAUCUCAGAUAUGGGCUUUGAAACGGUGGAUCUUCGAUCGAAG